AUGCCGCCGCCUCAUCGGCGGCAUCAACGUAACGUGAACUCGCACCACACCGUCAAAGGCGGCAUGGCGGCCCCGUCGCGGUGGCUCGCGUUCGCGCUUCUGCUGCUGCUGUGCGCAGCGCUCGCUCCUCUCGCCGCCCACGCGCAAUGGACGUACCUUCCCCGCAUAUCUCGCGGCGCUUGGCUGCCGCGCUCAUUCGGUUCCGUUUCCCGCCGCGUCGUCCCCACUUACGCCGACGCAGACGCGCAACCGCUGUUCCCGCACGCGCAGUCCAAGCUGACGUCAUCGCUCUCCCUCGCCCCCUGGAUGUUCCCCUUCGCCCGCCCGCGCUCCUUUCUCCACACCGCCUCCCGCGCGCAGUCCCCGCCAGCGACCGACACGCGGACUGCGCCCACAUUUUCCACGCUCACGCUAGAGCGUGACCAGCCGCCCAAACCACCCAAGUCGCCCAAAUCACCGAAACCGCCGAAAUCGCCAAAGCCGCCCAAGUCGCCGCCGCCCCCUUCCCCUCCGCCGAAAUCCCCCAAGCCGCCCAAGUCCCCCAAGCCCCCGUCUCCUCCCAAGCCAGGAAAGUCCCCCAAGCCUCCCCCGCCCCCGCCGGCCGUCCCCCUUCCGCCCCCGCCGGAGUGGCCGUCCACGUACGCGGGCGUCGCGCCGCUCGCGGCGGAUCCGCCGGAAACGCCGCUCUUCGAUGUGAAGGAGGGGUUCGGGGCGGUGGGUGACAACGCUACCGACUCGUGGGCCGCGUUCGACGGCGCGUUCCGCGCUGCGUGUGAGAGCGCGAGGGGGAGCGGCGGGCGCGCGAUAGUGCGCGUGGGGGAGGGCGCGUUCUUCCUGGCGAAGUCCAUCACCGUCAACGGGUCGUGCGGCGCUGGCCUCACGCUGCAGGUGGACGGCACCAUCUACGGGCCGCUCUCCAAGGACGGCUACCCCACGCCCUCACUGUACCUGAACGGCACCAUCAUCGGCGUGGCCAGCAACGGGCUGUUCCAGUUCCAGGGCGUGAAGGGGCUCGUGCUGCGCGGGGAGGGGGCGAUCGACGGCAACGGGAGGAAGUUCUGGGGGUCCAAGGCGCCCACGCGGCCACACAUCAUUGCGCUCAUCGACUGCCAGUACACCACCAUCGACGGGCUGCUGCUGCGCAACCCGCCAAUGUACCACGUGUUUGGGUACGGCACAGAAGGGCUGUGGAUCCGCGGGGUGACCACCAACAGCCCUGAGACGUCCCCCAACACGGACUCGCUCAAGCUGCUGGGCGUGCGCCACGCCGUCAUCGAGAACUGCACCUUCCACGGGGGGGAUGACGACGUGUCACUCGUUGCCAGGGGCGCUCAGAGCGUGGUGAACGUGACGGUCAGGAACCUCAUUGCCACGGCCGGGCACGGCAUCAGCAUUGGAAGCCUGGGAGCGGGGGGGGCAGUGGCGUGUGUGUCGGAUGUGACAUUCAAGGACCUCAUUAUAUCCAACCUCGAUAACGGGCUGCGCAUCAAGACAUGGCAGGGCGGCCUGGGGAUGGUGCGCAACGUGCGAUAUGAGAAUGUGUACAUGACUGACACUGACAACGCCAUCACACUCAACCAGUUUUACUGCGACUCGCACCAGGACUUCUUCUGUGGCAUAGCGCCUGACAACGUGGCACUGGUCAACAUCACUUACUCCAAUGUCUAUGGCACCACCUCACGGUAUGGAAUGAACAUCCGAUGCAGUGCGACGGUCCCCUGUGGUGGCAUCAAUCUCAGCAACGUUAACCUCGUCUCCUCCAAGGCAGGAAGCUCCCUUCGUCCCGUGCUGCUGAAUGUGGUCAACAGCCAGGCCACAGGAGUGGUGGCGCCUUUACCGCAAGGCAUGGGGUCGUAUGCUGGUUGGGGCUCCACCCCUCCAACUGCAGCACAAGCUGCGAGUCGGCUGUACGCGACGGACAAGGGGCUGAAGGGGCCGAGCAAGGAGAGGGGCAAGGAGACCAACGACCUGCUGCUCUCGCUGCUCGCGCGGUUAGAGAAGGGCCUCAAGGUGCCGAGCAAGGAGAGGGGCAAGGAGACCAACGACCUGCUGCUCUCGCUGCUCGCGCGGUUAGAGAAGGGCCUCAAGGUGCCGAGCAAGGAGAGGGGCAAGGAGACCAACGACCUGCUGCUCUCGCUGCUCGCGCGGUUAGAGAAGGGCCUCAAGGUGCCGAGCAAGGAGAGGGGCAAGGAGACCAACGACCUGCUGCUCUCGCUGCUCGCGCGGUUAGAGAAGGGCCUCAAGGUGCCGAGCAAGGAGAGGGGCAAGGAGACCAACGACCUGCUGCUCUCGCUGCUCGCGCGGUUAGAGAAGGGCCUCAAGGUGCCGAGCAAGGAGAGGGGCAAGGAGACCAACGACCUGCUGCUCGCCCGCCUCGAGAAGGACAAGGUGGAGCUACAGCUAUCGCCCGAGGACAGUCUGCACGUGGAGGGCUUUGCAGAGCGCGUCUUUGCCAAGGCGGACAAGCAGGACAGGGCGGGCCAGGCCGACAUCUCGACAGCCAAGACGUUCUAUGCGGCGGGGCUGUUCUUCGACGUCCUGCGCCAGUUCGGCGAGCUGCCUCCGGACGUGGAGCAGAAGCAGCGGUACGCGGCAUGGAAGGCAGCUGACAUCCGCAAGGCACUGGCAGAGGGCCGCCAGCCCACGCCUGGCCCGCCCGCUGCCGAUGCUGCUGGUGCUGCCGCCCUGCUCUCCGCACCUGCUGCCGCUGCUGCUGCUCCCUCAACAGCCCCGGACAGCACUGGUGGGGCUGGUCAUGCGACACAGGGAAGCCUGCAGCAGCAGCACGACAUCCUGGGUCUGCCAGUGCCGCCCUCAGUGCAGCCUCUCCGCGCCGACCGCAGUGGAGCAGCGCCAGGGGGGAGUGGGGCAGCAGCAGGGGGAGGGGGUGCUGGUGGGGGAUGGGCACAGGGAGGCGCGCAGCAGGGGCUAGGGGUGGGGCGACCCCAUGGGGGUGGCGCUGGUGAGCUCUCUGCCCCUCUUGGGCCGCCUCACUGCCCUUCUGUGCUGCACGCUCUCACAUCUCUCACAAGAGUUUCCCCUCUCCCCCUAGUCGGUUUCAUAGACCCAGAUGCCCGCCAAACCGUCCAGUCUACUGCACCUUUUCUUCUUGCUCCUAACCCUUCCUGCCUUUCCCCUCCUUCCCCCCUCUCUCUCACUCUGCAUGCGCUGACAAUUUCGCCCUUCGGGUCUCUUUACUCCCUCCCACCUCCCCUGACCCCAUCCACCGCUAUGAACCGCACACCACACUCGUUGCAGCAGCAACAACAUCAUCCCUCGGCCCUGCAUGCGCAGGCGCACCAGGAGCAGCAGCUGCUGCCCCCGGGUAAGGUGGGGGACGCCCACCGCGCUGCGCGCUUUGCUGUGAGUGCACUGGCAUUUGAUGAUGUCCCCGCUGCUUUAGACUACCUCAAACAGGCCCUGCGGUUGCUGGACGGGAUGUAA